UUCGUGUCAAUGUGAUGUUAGAGUGAUUUUAAAAUUAACGGUUAUCAGCGAUAUGUUAUUUAGUUUCUAAUAUUAAAAUUGUAAAUUUGUAACAUGAAUUCAUCAAAUAGCCCCGUUAUGGUAAAUCUGGAAAUUGGAGAUCAGUUGACUUCCAUAUCGUGCGGCCAUGUAAUGGUGGAAUUAAUCAAGUUUAUUGCGUAUCAAAGACUGCAAAUACCUUACUCUUAUCAGUGGUUAAAACAAGUUGUUAACAAGAAGAAACUGUGUGAAGAAGAGCCGCUGAAGGAGAGUUUUCAAUCUGAAAGACACUUUCGUGCUGCUUCUAACGCUUUGGAGAAUUUAGACUUUAUUUUGAAGAGUAUUCAAAAAGAAAUUAGUGGACCAUCAAUCCCUGAAGAAGUAUGCAUAGCCCUGGGAGCUACACCUGUGACAUGCAAAGAGGUCUACAGGGUACUAUUACCUGUUGUAUGCCAUAAACCACAAUGCCACUCUACACUCAUAGCUAAUGACCAGAAAAUACAGAGGAAUGUGUUUAGAACUUUAGUGACAUCUGAAAAAUUAAGCCAAGUAUUCUUCAACCAACUCUCACCUACAAACUUAUAUGUUUUCAUAAAGAAAAAGUUGUUGAACAAUCAAGACAACAUACUUGACAAUGAUAACUUUGUGUUCUCAAGCGGUUGUAGAAUACCAAGGAGUUGCAAAAUCAUCGUUAUAGAUUUAAGAACAAAAAAAUUAGAUAAUGUUGCUUGUUGCAACGAUUUUACUAUAUUUGGAGAAGUUAUUAGUCAAAAUCUUGAAAACUUGUGUUUGGAAGAGUCUAGUGAAAGAGAAGACAAAUAUAACGAGAUUGAGUCCACCGAUGACAUCCGUUGGUACCAAUCAUCAUACAUAAUGAAAGGUUUUAAAGACUGUGUAGUCAAUGGUAGUUCUAUUACAAACUCAUGGCUAAAUUCUUGACUGAAUACAUAGUAUAAUAUAUGUAGCUCAAUUUACAUUAUAAAUUAGUUUUAAAACUGAUUUUAUUUGCAACAUAAUGUUAAUGGACUGACAUAAUAGUUAUGAUUAUUUUUUUUAUUAUUAAGUUGAUUACUUUUUACAAUAUGAGCAGUAGAUUAAGAAUAAAUUAGUAAAAUUUAUUUUAUAUUACAUAGUACUUAAUUAUCAUUUUUAUUUAGAUUGUCCUCAGACAUAGCUUCAAUUUUAAUUGUGCCAUACAAUGACUUCAUCAUUAAUUAAUUAUGUUAAUUUUCUCUAUGUUAUCUCUUAUAAUUUGACAAUAAAUGUUGUAAAAAUA